AUGAUGCAGACUGAAUUUGAGAUAACCAUGAUUGGAGAAUUGAACUACUUCCUUGGAUUGCAGAUUCGUCAAAGUGACUCAGGUAUUCUCAUCUCUCAAUCUAAAAAUGCUAAAAAUCUUGUGAAGAAAUUUGGUUUAGACUCUGCUAGUUCUGUUAGAACACCUAUGAGUCCAAAUGUUAAACUCACUAUUGACUUGUUAGGAAAGAGUGUUCAUCAUUCUUUAUAUAGAAGUAUGAUAGGUAGUCUCCUUUACCUUAUUGCUAGUAGACCUGACAUUAGCUGUAAUGUUAGAGUGUGUGCUAGAUAUCAGGCUAAAUUCAAAGAAUCACAUCUCAUUGUAGUAAAACGAAUCAUUAAAUAUGUUAAAACUACUAGUAACUUUGGGGUAUGGUAUGACAAUGAUACUAAUGAUGUUUUAACUAGAUAUUCUGAUGUGAAUUGGGCUGGGAAUGCUGAUGACAGGAAAAGUACUUCUGGUGGGUGUUUUUACUUAAGGAAUAACAUUAUCUCAUGGAUGAGCAAGAAGAAAAAUUCUAUCUCUCUCUCCAUUGUUGAGGUUGAAUACAUUACUACUGAUAGCUGUGUUAGACUUCUCUCAUAA